CUGCACCGCCCGCAUUUGACGGCCGUCAGCUCGGAGAUUAAAGCCAAAUACUUCGAUAAGUGCGAUUAGUCUGUUCUGAGUAUCCCGCGCCAGUUUCGGCCGAGUCCAGGUAGAAUCCAGGCGUAAGUUAGUAUAGCUGUAAAUUCGAGUCAGUAACCGAGCCCGCUAGCUUGCCCAUUCGCUACCGUUUCACCGAGAACUGGGAAACGACAGAGAUUAGGGACCGAGGCUGGAGAACUUGUGACCAUUCAUUUGACUUCCCGUCAGAAAACGUUUACCCGCCGAUUGGUCCAUUAGGCCCUGCGAGGUUUGGCGGAGCGCCAUAGGAAUCAAAUCACCUGCGAGGAAAAGGUGAAGGACUGCUGCUCGAAGCAAUGAAGGUGGUAGGCCAAUUUUGAAGGAUUCGAAUCCGGUUUGGAGGGGUUGAGUCCGAUAAGGAGGUUGUUAGUCAGGUAGCAGGUGGCUGGAGGUCUGUACAGGGGAAGAGUACCACGAUGCGGUAGACAUUUCGUAUGCCCGUUAUAACGAAGGCGGUUUAUUAGACUGUAACGAGACUCGCUAUAAGACGCCACGAUGUUCGUUCUAACGGAGAUGGAGGAUGACAUCCGCGUGGCGCCUCACGACCUGCAUCGCCCGCAUUUGACGGCCGUCAGCUCGGAGAUUAAAGCCAAAUACUUCGAUAAGGUGCUGCGCAAUGUGGGUCUCUGCGUCUCUCUGCACGACUUACAAGCCGUGGAAGGGGGGUUCAUCUUCCCGUCCGACCCUGGCCCUCAUUUCACCGUUCGCUUCCGCCUCGUGGUCUUCUCCCCUUUUGUCGGGGAAGUGCUUGUGGGAAGGCUUGUGAAGUGCGACGCUACUGGCCUCUCUGUAUCACUGGACUUUUUCUCUGAUAUACACAUUCCUCAUUACAACCUACAAGAACCUUCAGUCUUUGACGAGGAGGAGAAGCUAUGGGUGUGGAAAUUCAAUGACAACGACAUGUUUCUAGAUAUGGACGAAAUGAUCCGGUUCAAGGUGGUGAGUGUGAAGUAUCCCCCGCUGCCAGUGGAGCAGGAGAAGGGAGCCACUGCCUUUGCGACUAUGGAGAUUGUUGGUGACAUAAAUGGCGAUGGGCUAGGCUUGCUGUCUUGGUGGUCGUAGCUACUGGUAUUACAGCAGGCUUUCGGGCAAGGCACGGGUCGUAAUAAGCUUUUGAGAAGUCUCAAAAACCUAUGUAUCACAGCCUAGCUACUGGUAUUAUAGCGGCCUUUCGGAUAAGGCAUGGGUCGUGGCUUGGCAUGGGUGGAGCACGACAAAUAUUUCGCCAUGGCGAUUGGUAGCUGCUGUUUUGGGGGGGGUUUUCCUGCACUCAUGCUGUAGCUUCAUGGUUAGGGUAGUAGGGUAGUGAACGCAUUAGCUGGAAAUUUUAUUUGCCAUAUGUUAGGGCGUUUUCCUACAGCUCUUAGAGUAUCAGCUAAGCUGCGUCUAAAUAAGGUGCAUUGGUGUCCAGCACAAACUUGGUGCAAGCUGGUUCAAUUCGAUUUAGUGCGGUGCGGUACGUCCCAGUAGAGGUUGGACUGAUAUGGGCCACAGCCUGUAGGCACAUGCUCUCCAAAGUCUCCCGACCCGAGUAUUGAUUAUGGUUGUGUUUCGAUGGUUGGCUGGCCACAACCACCACGGGCGGUUGGUUUGUUACU